UUAAGAUAAUUGGUUCAGAGUUUGUUUAGAUAUUUCAACCUGUGUGUUGUGAUUGCGUUUGGUGUGUGGGACCAAAUCAAUUUGUGCGUGUCCGGUUUGGGCAUGGUGUUUUGGAGGAAACGGCACACGCAGGGAUGAGACGCCAUACACCUCGUUCAAUUCUCCCUUGUGCCGAUAGGGUGAACUGGAGAUAAGCCAACCUGUAUGCUCUGCAAACAAAAUUAUAAGAAAUGUUAGUCUGAUACCGAAACUAAAUCACAAUGUAUUUACAAUGAGCACGCCCCAUUAUUGGUUAGAGAAUGAGAUUUCAUGAAUCAUGAUGCUGUCUGCGAUUCGAACUCCUGUCGUCUAAUCUAAAUGUAAAUGUGUUACCAACUUGGCAAACAGAGCUGAUGAUAAACAUCAUUAUAAAAUACUGAACACCUACCCACUACUGAUAUUAACCUUAAGCAAUGUAUAAUCAAGCUAAAUUUGACCAAUAAUUUAACUGGCAUAUCAGCUGCUGACUGGUCGAGUAACCUCUUCUGCCAGGAAGUCCUUCAUAUGGAUUAGUGACACGUCCAAUAAAUACAUUCCAGACAGACUGACAGGAACUUCUGACUGCAUAAUACAGCCACCAUCCGCUGGGAUAUUGUGCUGUAUCGCUACCAUCUCUCUACAACACACACACUCCUACUCUAGCCAUUACCUGGCAGCAUCCCCACUCACACCAGUUUGUGUUUGCCCUCUAGCUGAGGUGUUUCAGGCGGCAUAUCUGUGUUGUUACUGCUACGAGAAGAAACUCUUUGAUCUGGGGCAACGAUCGGCUCAAACAUGAACGGCUUCAGUAGGUUUAUUGGCUCCCUAACUAACAAUUAUGUCAUUCUCUGUAAUAAACUCAUUCUCAGACUUGGAGCUACUCUGUAAAUUCAGACAUUUUGGGGAAUUCCAAAAUGCUCUCUCCUGCCAGUGACGCAACAAUGCCAAUAUGGUGAUUUACAAUUACAGUUAGAUGGCAUUCUUAAUCAUAGUGUUUCCAUUUCCCUUUAAUGAUUUUCAAACUCCUCAUAUAUCUUCUUACGAAUCUUCUCAUGUUUGGUCUGAUGUCUGGUGCUAGGCAACCAAUUUAGCUAGCUAUCUAGCUAGCAAUGGCAAUCAUGUUAGCAUAUUUCCUACUGAGAUUACUGUUCUAAAAUAUGUACUUUGGUUUAAAAUAAUCAACACUGAAACUUUAAUUUGACGUUUGAGUGGAUUAAACAUGUUCAAUUGCUUAUUCGUUUAAGACAAGGGUUUAGCUAUCAUGGAAUUAAGAACAAAUCCAAUAACUUUAUUUUCAAGAAUCUAAUUUCUUGUACACUUUUUGCUUAAGGAGAAACAUAAGAAAUAGUGCAAUAACCUUUCCAAUAACCUUUUUGAGGAAUAGCAACUUUGCUUAACUUUCUUUAAGUCAAUAAUACAUUUUUUCUUAAGACGAUUUUGUGAAUCUGGACCCAGGUGACUACCUCAUGAAGCUGGUUGAGAGAAUGACAAGAGUGUGCAAAACUGUCAUCAAGGCAAAGGGUGGCUACUUUGAAGAAUAGGAAAGCAACAGGGAUGAGGAGUUUUGACAAAGAAACUGGGGUCUAUGAGUAACAAAUAGGAACAUUUAAGGGUAGGAUAUGGAUGUAUCAGUACUUGAUUGUUUCAAUAUUAGGGUAUGGGGCAUGUCUGGGAAAAUGUAGGAACAAAUGGGUUAAUACUAUUGAAUAUGUAUGUGUCCCCUUUCUCUUCUCCACAGAGAAAAAAGAGGAAGAAACAGGAUAUGCUGAAGUUAAGGGAAUUGCAGUCACUCAACGGAAACCUGCCACAGCAGUGGAUGAGAGGCCUGCUCUCCACUCUCAACCCUUUCGAGGAGUGGCAGUGUGUUUGGGUGUUCUUUGUGUCCUCUUGGUUUCAGCCAUUAUAGGCCUCUAUGUGUACUUCAGCACUGCCCUGUCAGAGCACAACACAAAGUUGGUGAGGGAACUGGAGCAACUAACAGAUGUGCGUGCAUUCCUACUGGCGGCCAAUCAGGACCUUACGAACCUCAACAGCAAUCUGAGUACAGCCAAUCACAUUUUGCGGUGUGAUUAUAGCAAAGUAAGCACUGCAAACCAACGUUUAGCGGCUGAGAAAGAAGCAUUGUCAAGAGAGAGGGAUAGACUGAACUGGAAUCUUAAGUACAUAUAUCAGUUUGAAAAAUUUCCAGUCAAUCAGUAUUGUUCACCAAAGGAUGAGGUAGGAAAGAGAAAGUGUAACCCUUGUCGAAGUGGGUGGAUGUUGUUCCAAUCUAGUUGUUACCAGAUUUUAUACCAUUCCAGUCCCUGGAAGACCUGGGAACAAAGCAGAGAGAAUUGCAAAAAAAAUAAUUCUGAUCUGCUUGUCAUAGGAAGUCAAACGGAACAGGAAUUCAUUCAUAACCACACUCAAUACUACUUUGAUAUUCAUCAUGGAUACUGGAUCGGUUUGACUGACAUAGCUAAUGUCAACCAAUGGCUCUGGGUUAAUGGAAGUCACCAGACUGAUGGGUUUUGGAAGAGACAAACUGGGGGGGGUAAUUGCGUGUUAACUGUCCCAAAUAAUGCGCCUUUGGCUAAUUGGAAUGCUGAAUCAUGUAGCAUGCAGAACCGUUGGAUCUGUGAGAGUAGAGCCUUACCAUGGUCAGAUUAAGUUGCAGGGACACUCUUUUAAGAGGUAUUCUCACAUACUGAACUCAUAUAUUAUUGCAUCUCCACUUGAGAAUUACAUUGAGUUUUAUUCUUCUAAUUUAAGGACCCCUGCAUCUGUCUGUUGUGGUCAAUUCGAAUUCACUCAAUUCAGGAAGUGAUUUUAAUUUAAAAUUUACAACGGAAAACCUUCAUUAGCUGACUUCAAUUUGAAUUGACCCCAAUCUGGUUCUGUUUGUAUGUUUUGAAUCAAGGAUCUGUAGUAAUGUAGCUAUAGAGAAGUUAAAAAAUGUUCCGUUUUGACCUUUCAUUAUAAAUCAGGCAUAUUUUCUUUAAUGU